UUUUAGGAAAAAGCUCCAAAUAUGUUUUUCAACCACAUAGUACAGCUUUAUUUUCACCUUCAUAAAUUUCAAAAAAAAAUAAAAAAAAUAUUUGAAGUCUAUAGCUAAACGCCUACUCAGUCUAGUCUAUCAACAGUUUAUCAUGAUCAUCUCUAUUUGUUUGCUUAUAGUAAUUGAUUAGUUUAAUUGAUCAAUUCUUCAGCUUCCAGUGUUCACACUUCCAUCUUACGCCAUCGCUUUGUCCCCAAUUUGUAUGACAUGUCACUACGCCAAUGGCCGAUCGCCACCAUUACCGCCACCACACCAAUUCCAGACUUCCAAUCAAGAGUCACCACGUGUAGCUCGCUGGUACCGCAAAAAACGUACACCACUCGCUCGUAGUGGAUCAAAUCCGGAAAUGGAAUACCUUCUGUAAAAUCCUCGAAUAUUAUCUCCAUUUCGCAAAAAAAAAAAAUAUACUAGUUCUUUUUGUAUUCCAGGUUUAUGUGGUCAUCGAAUUUUUCAUCUUUUUAUACUGGCAGAGAUUCUUAUUUUUUGCAAUUGUGUUUCUCCACUUUCGUUCUCACGGUUGAGAAUUUAUGAUUCCAUAUCAGAGGAAUCAAUCCAAGUUGACUAAUUUACCAGCUUUUGCCCAUUUUGUUUCUGUAUAAAUACCAGACUAAGUUAAAGAGGUUAUUUCAAGCUGAGAUCAUCUUUUUUCCUGUCAAGCAGGACCUCUUGGGGCUUAUUUUGUAAUCUCAGCUUUGAUCCAUCAUGGAAUUUGAUGAGAGUCAGCAGACUGAUCCAUUGGUUGUAAUACGCAAUGGAAAAGAAAUCAUAUUGCAGGCCUUCAACUGGGAAUCUCAAAAACAUGACUGGUGGAGAAAUUUAGAUAGAAAAGUUCCUGAUAUUGCAAAGUCUGGGUUCACAACAGCAUGGCUGCCUCCAGCAUGUCAGUCAUUGGCUCCUGAAGGUUACCUUCCACAAAAUCUUUAUUCUCUCAAUUCUUCAUAUGGUUCUGAGCAUCUCUUAAAAGCUUUACUUAAUAAGAUGAAGCAGUACAAAGUUAGAUCAAUGGCGGACAUAGUCAUUAACCAUCGUGUUGGGACUACCCAAGGGCAUGGUGGAAUGUACAACCGCUAUGAUGGAAUUCCUUUGUCUUGGGAUGAACAUGCUGUUACAGCUUGCACUGGCGGACAGGAUGUCUUCCAGGGUAACAAUAGCACUGGAGACAACUUUAAUGGAGUUCCAAAUAUAGAUCAUACACAACCCUUUGUCCGGAAAGAUCUCAUUGACUGGAUGCGGUGGCUAAGAUCCUCUGUUGGCUUCCAAGAUUUUCGUUUUGAUUUUGCUAAAGGUUAUGCUUCAAAAUAUGUAAAGGAAUAUAUCGAAGGAGCUAAGCCAAUUUUUUCAGUUGGAGAAUAUUGGGACACUUGCAAUUACAAGGGCCGCUAUUUGGAUUACAACCAAGAUAGUCACAGGCAAAGAAUCAUCAAUUGGAUUGAUGGCACGGGGCAACUUUCAACUGCAUUUGAUUUUACCACAAAAGCAAUCCUUCAGGAAGCAGUCAAAGGAGAAUUCUGGCGUUUGCGUGACUCUAAGGGGAAGCCACCCGGAGUUAUGGGAUGGUGGCCUUCAAGGGCUGUGACUUUUAUUGAUAAUCACGACACUGGAUCCACUCAGGCGCAUUGGCCUUUCCCUUCACGUCAUAUUAUGGAGGGCUAUGCAUACAUUCUAACACACCCAGGGACACCAUCAGUUUUCUAUGACCAUUUCUACGAUUGGGAUAAUUCUACUCACGACCAAAUUGUAAAGCUGAUUGAUAUCCGGAGGCAUCAAGGCCUAAACAGCCGUUCAUCUAUAAGGAUUCUUGAGGCACAGCCAAACUUAUAUGCUGCAACCAUUGGAGAAAAGGUUAGCAUGAAGAUCGGGGACGGAUCAUGGUGCCCUGCGGGAAAAGAGUGGAAGCUUGCAACCAGUGGCCAUCGUUAUGCAGUCUGGAAGAAGUAAUCUUACAGCUAUUCCCUUCCUCAAAAAUAUUAGUCGAGAUAUAUAGUAUAUGUUUCAAGCGCGGGCUAGGAUGGAGAGAUGAUUGUUUUCUCCAUUCAUAAAUUGCAGAAUGGGAUGUAGUUUUGGUAAUAAUAGUUGUUGAAUGCUAUGAAAUAAGGGAGUUUAUAGUGUCGUAUUCAUGUAAUGAAAUCAAAGGGCUAGUUUUCCUCCGCUAAUUAUAAUUUUUCUCAUAUCAGAAGAUUAAAAAAAAAACGAAUUUUAAAAUGAUAAUCA